AUGAUGUCCUACAUCAAGCAACCGCACUAUGCUGUGAACGGUUUAACUCUGUCAGCACCCGGGAUGGAUCUACUGCACUCCGCUGUGGGAUACCCAAGUAAGUAUUUAUUGUCUUUCCUCACCACACCUCGCAAGCAGCGUCGAGAGAGAACGACGUUUACUCGCGCCCAACUGGACAUUCUGGAGGCGCUCUUUGCCAAAACGCGCUACCCAGACAUCUUUAUGAGAGAGGAGGUGGCACUGAAGAUUAACCUACCGGAGUCCCGAGUGCAGGUUUGGUUUAAAAACCGUCGAGCCAAGUGCCGUCAGCAGCAGCAACAAAGCAGUGGCCAAACCAAACCUCGGCCAACUAAGAAGAAGACAUCGCCUGCCAGAGAAACCAGCUCUGAGACAAGCACAAAUGGGCAAUACAGUCCUCCACCCCCAGCAGGCACCUCAGUUACCCCAAGCUCCACCGCCAAUGCCACAGUGUCCAUCUGGAGCCCAGCUUCCAUCUCUCCAAUCCCAGACCCACUGUCUGCUUCCACAACUCCAUGUAUGCAACGCUCUACUGCUUACCCAAUGACCUACAGCCAGGCACCUGCUUACAGCCAGAGCUACGCAAGCUCCACAUCGUAUUUCAGUGGCCUCGAUUGUAGCUCGUACCUCUCCCCCAUGCACCCGCAGCUCUCUGCACCAGGGGCGACCCUCAGCCCAAUCACUACUCCGACCAUGGGCAGCCACCUGAGCCAAUCCCCAGCUUCUCUGUCCACCCAAGGCUAUGGCACUGCUGGCCUUGGCUUCAGUUCAGUGGACUGCCUCGAUUACAAGGACCAGUCAGCCUCCUGGAAGCUGAACUUCAAUGCCACUGAUUGCCUGGAUUACAAAGACCAGAAUUCGUGGAAGUUCCAAGUUUUGUAG